GCGGGCCGCCCCCGCCCGGCACGGCGACCGACGGGCGGCGGAGCCCGCGCCCCCCCCGCGCCCCCGCCCCGGCGGCAUGAGGGGACAGCGCGGCCGGAGCGAGCGAGCGGUUUGAGUCGGCCUCACUAAACUGCAGCGAUGGUGCAGAAGUACCAAUCCCCCGUACGGGUGUAUAAACACCCUUUUGAGUUAAUUAUGGCUGCAUAUGAGAGAAGGUUUCCUACGUGUCCUCUGAUCCCUAUGUUUGUAGCCAGUGACACUGUAAGCGAGUACAAGAGCGAGGAUGAGGCCAUCCACGUGAUUGAGCGGCGCUGUAAGCUGGACAUCGAUGCACCGCGGCUCCUGAAAAAGAUUGCAGGAGUGGAUUAUGUCUACUUUGUCCAGAAGAACUCUUUGAACAGACGAGAGAGGACUUUGCAUAUAGAAGCCUACAAUGAAACCUUCUCUAAUAGAGUCAUCAUUAACGAGCACUGCUCUUACACAGUUCAUCCUGACAAUGAAGACUGGACCUGUUUUGAGCAGUCAGCAAGUCUGGAUAUCAAGUCUUUUUUUGGUUUUGAAAGCACAGUGGAAAAGAUUGCCAUGAAGCAAUACACCAGCAAUAUUAAAAAGGGAAAAGAAAUAAUAGAAUACUACCUGAAGCAGCUGGAGGAAGAAGGAAUAACUUUUGUUCCUCGCUGGACUCCUCCUGUCACAUGUAAAUCAGAGAGCAGCACAUCCCACACAAGGAGACCAGUUUCACCUGCUAUUAAUAUACCAGAGUCUGCCACAAAGGAGGGCUUGAACAACAAGGAGAUCCUCAACACCUCCAGCAGCCCCUCGGAGCCCACUGCAGGAACACCAGAUGACAAACUAGACGCUGACUACAUCAAGAGGUACCUGGGGGACCUGACCCCGAUGCAGGAGAGCUGCCUCAUCCGGCUGAGGCAGUGGCUGCAGGAGACGCACAAAGGCAAAAUCCCAAAGGAUGAGCACAUUUUAAGAUUCCUGCGUGCCCGAGACUUCAACAUCGAUAAAGCAAGAGAGAUCCUUUGCCAGUCGCUGACGUGGCGUAAGCAGCACCAGGUGGACUAUAUUCUGGACACCUGGAACCCUCCACAGGUACUCCAGGAUUACUAUGCAGGAGGCUGGCAUCACCAUGACAAAGAUGGUCGCCCGCUGUACGUGCUGAGGUUGGGCCAGAUGGACACCAAAGGUUUAGUGCGAGCUCUGGGGGAAGAGGCCCUGCUUCGAUACGUUCUUUCAAUAAACGAAGAAGGACUGAGGCGAUGUGAGGAGAAUACAAAAGUAUUUGGCAGGCCAAUAAGCUCCUGGACCUGUCUAGUAGAUCUGGAAGGCUUGAACAUGAGGCAUUUAUGGAGACCUGGUGUCAAGGCCUUGCUGAGAAUCAUUGAGGUGGUUGAAGCCAAUUACCCUGAAACUUUGGGUCGUCUUCUUAUCCUAAGAGCACCUCGAGUAUUCCCAGUUCUCUGGACACUGGUUAGUCCAUUCAUUGAUGACAACACUAGAAAGAAAUUCCUUAUUUAUGCUGGAAAUGACUACCAGGGUCCUGGGGGACUGUUGGAUUACAUCGAUAAAGAAAUUAUCCCUGAUUUCCUUGGUGGAGAGUGCAUGUGUGAAGUACCAGAGGGUGGGCUGGUUCCCAAGUCCCUCUACCGGACAGCAGAAGAGUUGGAAAAUGAAGACAUAAAGCUUUGGACUGAAACAAUCUACCAGUCUGCAAGUGUCUUCAAAGGAGCUCCACAUGAGGUUCUCAUCCAGAUCGUGGACGCCUCGUCUGUGAUCACGUGGGAUUUUGACGUGUGCAAGGGCGACAUCGUUUUUAACAUCUUCCAUUCCAAAAGCCCCCAACCCCCAAAGAAGGACUCUCUGGGAGCCCACAGCAUUACAUCUCCUGGUGGGAACAACGUCCAGCUGAUAGACAAAGUCUGGCAGUUGGGGCGUGACUACAGCAUGGUGGAGUCUCCCCUGAUCUGCAAGGAAGGGGAGAGUGUGCAGGGCUCCCACGUGACCAGGUGGCCUGGCUUCUAUAUUCUGCAGUGGAAGUUCCACAACAUGCCUGCCUGUGCUACAACCAACCUGCCUCGUGUGGAUGAUGUAUUGGCAUCUCUACAGGUGUCCUCUCACAAAUGUAAAGUGAUGUACUAUACAGAAGUGAUAGGAUCUGAAGAUUUCAGGGGAUCUAUGACCAGCCUUGAAUCAAGCCACAGUGGAUUCUCCCAGCUCAGUGCUGCCACCACCUCCUCUAGCCAGUCCCAUUCCAGCUCCAUGAUUUCCAGAUGGCGAUUUUGCUGACAACUGUACAGAAUCUGCUUCAUUCAACACUCCACAUCUGUCCAGAGGUGUCUGGCUUUGUAGACCUUUUUGAGUUGCAGUCCCUUUUCAAGUCUGAAGAUCUGUAUUUUGUUUUUCACUUGAGCUGGCUCAAAAGUGGCACUUUGGGUUUUUCCUGCUGUUGGUCUUAACACAUCUUUUAGAGCUCAAAGCACAUGACAGCACAAACAGCUGGGAAGAUAAAAUAAUAGUUAAUCUUCCUCUAAGCAAAGUGCUGUGGCAAUAUGACUUGAUCACUGCAGUCUGACUAAUUAAUUUCCCAUACACUGGUCUUUCUUUGUGUGAUAUUACUGCCCUUCCUCCUUCUCUCAGCCAGUAACUCUUCUGUUGGCACUUUUCCUGUUAUCAGUGUCCUACUGCACUUCACUAUCUCUCCUCAUGAACUGCAUAUCAAAUUCUGUAAAUGUUUUGUAUACAUAAUACCUCAUUCUUGGUAAUAAAAUACAGAUAGUCUUUAAAAGAUUUUUUUAUCGUUAUCAAUAAAUGUGAACUGUUUGGAAAAAAAAAA